UAUUUGAAUUAAGGAGCUCCAUAGCCAUUGUUCUUCUCCUCUUACGACGGUUCACCCCUUCUAUUGUUUCAUAGUUAUCAUUUCUUGUUUAAGCGAAAACCAAUGGUUGCACCUCCAUAACAUACCCGCAACGGCUGCACUCAAUUCAACCAUCUUUUUCGUUAAAUCAAAAACCGUGAUGGCCACUACUUCUUCGUCACGUAUGCACAGUAGUUGCGCCUCCACCGCAUACGGUUUCAAAUGGUUGAUAAUAACAUUGGGUCUUUGAGGAUAUUAAAGUUAAGGAGCAAGGUAUAAUAGACAUUGUCACAGAAAGAGAGAGAGGUUAUACGACUAUAUAAGAGAGAGAGGCAUGCACACUGCUAAACAUCUGCAUCUGCAUCACACAUGAUGGCAAGCGAACUAUUGAGCCUUCCUUUCCGGUUGACGAACACACAAGUUCCACGUAGAUUACAUGUUCAAGUGCACCAUAGACAUGUCAAUGCCAAAUUUCUCAAUAGAUCUGGCAAACUCAUUUGUACUGCGACCAAACAGGAUUCCCAGUUAUCCCUAAAAGAAAAUAGACGUUCAGCAAAUUACACGCCCGACAUUUGGACCCCUGAAAUUCUCCAGUCUCUGGGAAAUCCUCUCUCGGUUGAAACAGUGCAAGAGAGAGCAAUGAAGCUUGAGGAGAUGGUACGACUUUCGAUUAAUAGCACGGACAUGGAGCCACGAAGCUUCGUUGAUUUCAUUGAGGACGUUCACCGGUUGGGGCUGGCCCACAGGUUCGAAGAUGAUAUAAACAAAGCCCUUCAAAUGAUUGUUUCAACAGAAUACUUCAAAGACUCGUCAGAGAAAAGUGUUCAUGAUAUUGCUCUCCUUUUCCGAAUUCUUAGAGAACAUGGCUUUGAUGUCUCCAAGGAUGUGUUCAAGAGUUUCCAAGAUGAAGAGGGGAAUUUCAAGGCUGACAUUAGCCAAGAUGUGCAAGGAUUAUUGAGUCUCUAUGAAGCAUCUUACUUGGCCUUUGAAGGAGAAAGUCUCUGGGAGAAGGCAAAUGAGUUUUCAAGAACACAUCUCAUGAACUUAAUGAAAGAGGGAAUAGAGGGGGAACUGGGAGAACAAGUUAGGCAUGUGUUGGAGGGGCUUCCAUAUCACCAAUGCUUUGCAAGAUUAGAGGCACGACGGUAUUUUGACACAUACACUAAAAUGGAACCGCAUCAUCGCUCAUUGUUAGAGCUAGCAAAGCUGGAUUUCAACAUGGUUCAAUCAACAUAUCAAAAAGAACUAAAAGAAGCGUCAAGGUGGUGGACUAAGGACAUUGGCAUCAUAAGCAAAGCGAAUUUUUUUAGAGACAGACUUGUAGAAAGCUACUUUUGGGCGGUGGGAAUGAUCCCUGAUGAGUCUCAAUUUUCUAGUAGUCGCAACGAAAUCACUAAAGAGGCGAUGCUAAUCAUAAUCAUAGAUGAUGCGUACGAUGUAUACGGCACUCUGGAUGAAAUGGAGAUCUUCACAGAUGCUGUAGUAAGAUGGGACGUGGAUGCCAUAAAUUCUCUUCCAGACAAAUUGAAAUUGAGCUUCCUAACCCUCUAUAACACUGUUAAUGUGAUGGCUUAUGACAUCUUUAAGGAACGGGGCAUAAAUUGUCUUCCUUACCUCAAAAAAGCUUGGAUAGAUUUGUGUAAGGUAUACAUUCAUGAAGCAAGGUGUUUUCACAACAAAGUCAUUCCACCAUUCAAGGAGUUCCUUGAUACUGCAUGGAUAUCGGCCUCAGGUGGGGUUCUUCUUAUUCAUUCUUACUUCCUAGUUUGCAAGGACCUAGACAUCACAGAGGAAGGGCUUCAGGCUUUAACUGACUACCAUGACAUCUUGCGCUGUGCAAUGAAGCUUUUAAGGCUUAUCAAUGAUCUGGGAACGGCAAUGGAUGAGAUGGAGAGGGGUGAAACCUCAAACUCAAUCCUAAGUUACAUGAAUGAAACUGGUAAUUCGGAAGAAGAAGCUCGUCAGUAUUACAAAAUUUUGAUCGACAAAGAAUGGAAGUACUUGAACAAAUUCCUAGUUAUGGACUCUCCAUUCCCCAAAUCUUUCAUGCAACUUAUCAUGAACUUCCUCAAGAUUUCUUACUGCACUUACCAAAAUGGAGAUGGAUUUGCACAACAAGGCGUAUUAAAGAACAGAAUCAAGUCGGUGCUAGUAGACCCCGUUUUAGUCGAUGUGGCAUGAUGAUGUUGAGAAAGUGGAGCUAUGAGUUUGAGUUGACUUAUUCAAACUUAUUGGGUCUAUUUGUCAUGAACUAGUAUUUUCAUUUCUUGAGUUGUCUUUCUUGUUACUAGGAUUGCUGAAACGUGGGUUGCAUUUUAAUGCAACAGUGCUUAUAAUAAUAUUAUCAGGAGCGUUUUAAUGUAAUUGUUUCUUGCAUGUAAUGGCUAUAUAGUAGCCAAAUUAUGUUUUAUGAU